CAGCCCACACUUCCUGAUGGUUAGUAUUUCAGAGCUGUUAAGUCACUUUUUUGGCAAACACUAUUAUUGGGAAGAGGAGAAGAGACGGCCGUCAUAGCAGAGCCUCUGGCAGGGAACGUGACCACUGAGGGAAGUAAAGUGGACUGUUCUGAAAGGCAAAGGACAAAAAGAGAAGCCCCGUAACAGCAGGUGAGGAUUUACCACACAUGGAUGGAGAUAACCUUCACAAAUGAGUCAUAUAAAUAAAUCAAGAAAAUAAAUUUCUGUCAGGGCAGAAAAUGGAAAAUAUGCAUUCCUCAGAAAACUUCAUGAAAUGGUGAAGACGUGAUUUCUUCUUGUCUUUAGUCCAGUUACCUGCAGCAGGACAACAUGUUAUGGGUAUACAUCUGUUUACAUUUGCUGUUCUUUGUGACUUUGGCUCUUGGUACGAAUUAUGAAGGUUCUGGUUACCCUCCUGCACCAAAUUACGACAAUGAAGUUCAGUCAGUUACCUCCCAGCGAACAUCCACUCUUCAUCGUCUGACAACUAGGUGGUGUUAUGAAUUAAAUAUUGCAAAUGGAGAGACAAUCUGCUAUUCUGCUAGAGGUGGCAAUUAUCCGAGUGCAAUGGGAACACGCUGUGAGAUCUCAUGUGACCGAGGCUAUCGUUUAAUUGGGCAGAGACAUGUACAGUGUAUGGCUAACCGUCACUGGUCAGGAACAGGCUUCUGCCAUGAGAUUCGGUGCCACACAUUACAGCCAGUGAUGCAUGCAUCGUACCAGUGCUCAAAUGGUGUGCGACUCGAUUCCCGCUGUGACUAUACUUGUUCUCCAGGAUACAUAAUUGAAGGACAUCGUAGUCGGGUUUGCAUGGAGGAUGGAAAGUGGAGUGGAAAAGAAUCGAUCUGUGUAGAUAUGGAGCCUCCAAAGAUAAAAUGUCCUCCUUCUCGACAGAAGUUUGCAGAGACUGAUAAAUUAACAGCCCGUGUUUAUUGGGACAAGCCCAUAGUAAGAGAUACUGCAGAUGGAAUAAUUAGAAAUGCAAUCCUAAAAGGCCCUGAACCAGGCUCUGAACUUCCAGAGGGUGAACAUAUUAUUCGGUACAUCGCUUAUGAUGCAGCACGAAAUAAAGCUUUCUGCAAGUUUAUUGUCAAGGUCCAAGUAAGGCGCUGCCAAGAACUUAAGGCUCCUCCCAACGGCCAUAUCUCUUGUACUUCAGGAGGAAAUAACUAUGGGGCCACCUGCACCUACUCAUGUGAAGGGGGCUACGAACUGAGAGGCAGCCCCACACGAGUAUGCCUGUUCAAUCGUGCCUGGGCAGAAACACAACCCAUCUGCAAACCUAUGGAAAUUAAAGUCGAUGUAACUUCAGUUGGCGCUUUUAUGGAUCAGUUUUAUGAAAAGCGGCAUCUACUUAUCUUAUCAACUCCUGAUGCUUCAGAUCGGAAUUACAAACUUCAGGUGCCUAUGCUGCAGGAAGCCAAUUGUGGAUUAGACAAGAGGCAUGUUACAGUUGUUGAACUUAUUGGAGAACCACCUCGAGAUGUAGGCCGUAUCAAACACCAACAUCUUUCUACAGAACUGGUUGAACAGAUCAGGCAAGCAUUCAGGCUGUCCCGUUCACGUUUCAGUAUAAUUCUAGUAGACAAGCUGGGUCUUGACCGAGAACGUUACAUCUAUCCUGUCACGCCUGAGGAACUUUUCACUUACAUUGACAACUAUAUGCUGGAAGGACAGGAUAGCCAACUAAAUUCUCCAGACAGUAACGCAUGUGAGUGAAGAAAUGUUAGUCAACAUGAAGUGGAUUUGAUAGCUACAGAACAAAAAAUACCCAAUCGACAUGAAAUUGGAUUACCAUUGGUGGAUAAAGAAUAACAUAAUUGCAUCGAAUGAAAGUACAACUGAGUUGCUGAAUAAAGGACAAUAAACUUAAUUUAAUUUUUUUUUAAGUGAAGUGAAGUUAUAUGCAAAGAAUAAAGCUCUAAUUUACAUUUAAUAAAAGUAGACUAUAGCUGAGUAACACAGGUAAUAGUUUAAAUAACAUUUAGUUAAGGAGCUGAAUCGGAGUAUAAAAACAUCUAAUUUACAUUUAAAUCUAUAUACUUGAAUGAACUGUAUAUUUACUCAGAAUAUGGCAUUACAUCCUCAUUUAAGGUCCCUUUUAUUUCUAGCUCCUGAGGGCAGACAUUGCAAUCUCUUCCAAAGGCUGGGCUCAGUAACAAAGCUUCCGAAUACAGUGGGCCCCAAAGCUGAUGUUGACAUUACAGUGAGGACCAGAGUAAGGAGUCAGUUUCUGUCAGGGAAUGCCAUACACUUUGAUACUUAACCAUUAGUUUGUAUAUGACCAUCCUCUGUUUUCUUUGUACUGCCACGAUUUGCCAGGCUCAGAGAAAAAAUUUAAGAUGCAACAUUGCAGUCCAAAGAAAGGAUGGCAUGAAAGAGAGUAACAGACACUCUUUAUGGGGUGGCGUUUUGACAGAGCAUUGCAUCCCGUGUGUUUCUUUAGCCAGCGCAGGUAGUGUGUCCACUGAGUACAGUGAUUCCUUAUUUUAUUUAUUACAAAGAUGCAUUUGUGCAUAUAUGUGCAAUGUGUGAAUAAACCCAGUAUGCCAAAUAUAUAAACACAAUAAUUAAAUCCACCCGUUUUAUGCAUAAAUGUUAAACAAAACUAAAUAAACAUCCACUUUAUUUAGAGAAAGAGCACUGGGAGAGUUAAUGCAAGGGGGGCAUAAAAGGAGAAAGGGAAUUCACAUAAAAUAACACAUAAGGAAAAUAAAAGAAAUAGGACUACAACCAAUAAUUAAUAUUCAAUAGGAUGUCAAAUAUGAGUGAUUAAUUCACUGCUACAGAAUUAACAUAAAUGUACUUCCACAUCUUUCAGUCCUUUUGUCUUGUAAAUGCAAAAAUCAGUAAUGGAAUCUCAUCAAAUCCUUCCUGGGAACAAGAGUGAUCAUUCAUUUUUAUAGUUCUGAAAUACUAAUCUUCAUGGAUGCCAUAAAAAUUCCAUCCCUUCCUUUUUAGAAAAAUAUUUGUAAUUAUCAAUAUAAACCCAUUACAAUGUGAGAAAUAAGAUGUACAUUCAUUUCUACACUUUUUCAAUACACUGUUUUGACUUAGUCAGUUUUAACAAUACUUGUGGCAAUAGCACCACACUAGCUGUGUUUUUUAAAUCUGCUUCAAUACACCCACAAUGUCAACAUUUACAUGAA